AUGCGCCGCUGUGGGGUCCCCAUACUGCGCUCUUGUUGGCAGGACAUCCACAUAGAUCAGGGCCACAGGGGGGAGGAGGGUGGCAGAGAGGGGGGUGUGGAGGCUGCAGACUUCGGAGCGAGCAGUUGGUGGGUCAACAGCUGGGAAUGCCCCCACACUUGUGAGAGCUCAAGAGAAGUGACAGUGCGGCUCAGAGUCAGAUCCUCACAGAUCCGUGAUCCUCUGCGCUCACAUGGGACUCUGUCCAGCGGCUGCGCUCCAUACGAGGCUCGUGCCCGUCACUAA